AUGAUAACCAAAAAGUUAACACAGACAAAGCACCUUCUUCGCCCCAGAUCGCUAUGCAUAGACUUCAUUCUGCAUCUGAAUCUGCAUCCCCCCUCGAAGAAGCACUACAGUACCAACUUGACUUCUCCCGUAUGGCGCUGUUUAAGAUGUUCCCGUGAAAGCGACAGAGGUAGGCGCAUCCACACGUAUGCUGAACUGAAUUCACAAAAUGGAUCUGAACCCAACUUGUUCGAAGAAGAAUUAAGUAAUGUGUUUAAUGAGUACCCACUGUCGACUCAAAGGAACAGACAGAUUGGUGAUGAGGAAAUAAUUAUAACAGAUGAGGAAAGGGAAGAACUGAAGAGAAUCGGAAAUGUCGUGAGGAUAGACCAGUCCUCCUACGGGGUGGUGCUCCAAAUUAAUAAGCACAACGUAGUACUUGGUAGGGUGAAGAAUGGCAGAUUGGAGGAUACCGUAGCGGAGGUAGAGGAAGAUUCCACCCAAGUUGUAUCCAAACAGAAGGCCAAAACAAAUGUUUAUACCCCGUUCGAGUACCUUAAUUAUCUCCUAUUAAAGGAGCCAACCAAUCAGCUAAACAUAUUUAGGGGUAAGAUCAAGGAGACCUACCAUAGGAGGGUAGUAAUAAAGCAGCUGAACACAAAUUUACUACUCAUAGAUCUGUUUAACAAGAUCAAUUACGGACAGAAGGUUUGCAUCUCUGGAGAGGACGACACAGGAAGGAGAGAAGUUAUCCAGUCUAUCCUGUAUGAAAAUUUAUUAACCAACUUAAUUCACAAGAAUGAGCAUUUUUUUAUUAUCUGUUCGAAUGGCGCCAAGUCGGAGAUGCUGGGUCUGUUCCGUGACCUGCACAAAUGGUUAGCGUUGGCCUGUGCAGGGGAAGGAAAAAUCCAUUUGUCGGACAGGCUGCUGGAUGAACAUGAGGACGACUUUACAGACACCCUUCCGAAUGCCCAUGAACUGUACUCCAAGAACUAUUCGCUCGACGGGGUUAAGCUGCCAAACGACGUGUUGCUGAUAUGCACCCCCCCGAAAGGUGCAUCCAAGGUGGCCACUUACAUCUCACCACUCCUCCCCCUCUACAAUUUGGAGGAGUACAAAAAAAAGUACAAAAAUAUUGUGCUCAUAUUUUACGACGUCACAUCGUAUAGUGAAGUUUGUUCUGAAUUGCAAAAGGAGAUGGAGGUCUUUGUGAGGAAUUACGGACAGCAAAUGGGGGAGACCUUCAGGGGAAGAUCCUCCACUGGAAGAUCCUCCACCGGUGUGCCUAUAAUCCCGAGAACAGCGCUCCCCGCACAGGCAGCUCUGCCACUGUCUGUGCAUAGCAUCCUUUCAAAAUACAUGGCAGUGACCAAGUACCCCCACUUUGUGGAAGACCCCGCAGGGGUAGAGUCCAUACAAAGUGAGUAUACUAAUAAUGUUAGUGAGGAAACCCCUCUCAGGGGAAGUGACAGUAGUAGGGUAGAAUAUAUCACGAAUUGCAAAUACGGUGAUGCGCUGCUACAAAUGGAGGAUAAAAUGGGAAGAAAUAAAAACCAAAUAACUGGCAGUGUUACAUCCUUUUGCUUCUUCACCCAAAGUGAGCAAAGUAACCCAACCACGGACUACACACUGUCGUUAAGCGAAAACAACAUACACCUGUUGAGAAAUAAUUUGAAUAUCCAUCCAGACGUCCACAUAAGCCAAUCAAUUAAAAAGGUUACCGUGGAAGAAAAUAAAAUUUGGGAAAUAAUAAAAGACGAAAUAAAAAAAAUAUAUGAACGAAAAAAUGAACUUACAGCAUUAAAUGAAAAUAAAAAAAAAUACAAAAUUUUUAUUGACCAUUGGGAGGAAGAAGACCUUAUUCAUUACAAUAAUAUUUACUCCAUUUUGUCGUGUGCAAAUUAUUAUAUGUCCACUUUUUGCUCCUUUCAGAGGAUUGUUUUUUUUCAAAUAUUAUUACGAUAUAAUUUUACAAAUACGACAAUAUCCCGAAAAAGUGUGCAUUCUUUUUUUUUGCAGUUUUUACAUUUUUAUUUGUCCAAUGAGAAGUAUUUGUCCCUCCUGCGGGAUGCGUAUUAUUCGCAGCUGCGUUCGUUUAGGGACGUGGAGAAUGCCCGUGCAUUUGUGCGCAAAAUGGACUUCGUUCUGCGUUGCUUGCGCCCUCCCUUUCGCUACGUUGCCUAA